GUUGUUGUCUGACAUUGUCCUAGUGGGAAGCGUCGCCUCGGUGGGAAAUUAUUCUAAGCAGUCCUGAAGAGCGACAUGUCCUCCCUACUGAAGCCGUUCUCGGUGUGUGAGGGGCCGUGUGAGAGCCGCGGUGUGAGGAGAGGAUGCCCGGCCUCAGCUCCACAUCACCAGCCUCCAUCGCAGCGUCUGGCCGCCGCGGGGCUGGCCUCUCUGCCGGCCCAGCAGCGCUCCUACUCGGCGAGGAGAAACCUGGCGGCUGCUGCAGUCGGAGGAAGGAAAAUCACGCAUCCCGGAAAGGCCAUCCUUGCAGGUGGCAUUGCAGGAGGAAUAGAGAUCCUAAUCACCUUCCCAACAGAGUAUGUCAAGACCCAGCUGCAGCUAGACGAGAGAGCCAACCCGCCACGAUACAGAGGGAUUGGCGACUGUGUGAAGUUGACAGUGCAAGAUCACGGGCUCAGAGGGUUAUACCGAGGUCUCAGCUCCCUGCUCUAUGGAUCCAUACCCAAGUCUGCAGUCAGGUUUGGCACGUUUGAUAUGCUCAGCAGCCCAAUGCGAGACGCCACAGGCCGACUAGACAACACGCGGAGCCUCUUGUGUGGUUUAGGAGCCGGUAUAGCAGAGGCCAUAGUGGUUGUUUGCCCCAUGGAGACGCUCAAGGUGAAGAUGAUUCAUGACCAGUGUUCCCUUAGACCUCGCUACAGAGGCUUCUUUCACGGAGUCAGUGAGAUUAUCAGGGAACAGGGUGUGAGGGGGACGUAUCAAGGACUGACAGCGACAGUGCUGAAACAAGGAACCAAUCAGGCCAUCCGAUUCUAUGUGAUGAACGCGCUACGCAAUUGGUACAAAGGUGAUGACCCCAGGAAAGACAUGCACCCAAUUGUCACAGCCAUGUUUGGAGCAACGGCGGGAGCGGCAAGUGUUUUCGGAAAUACACCUUUGGAUGUGGUGAAGACCAGGAUGCAGGGAUUGGAGGCUCACCGCUACAAAAACACAGUGGACUGCGCCUUCCAGAUUUUAAAGCACGAAGGACCACAGGCGUUCUACAAAGGAACAGUCCCCAGGCUCGGCCGCGUGUGUUUGGACGUGGCCAUAGUCUUUGUAAUCUAUGAGGAGGUGGUCAAACUACUCAACAACGUGUGGAAGACCCAGUAGAUCGGUCAGAUGGCGACAGAAGUCCAAGGAAAGCACAGACCAGUGCCUCAUGCUACGCACAACUGAACACCUCUAUACUAGUUCGUACUAGCUGUUUGCAUUGCAUCAUGACCAGUUUCCACUGUUGCGUUAAAAUAAAUGCAGGACGUGUCCUAAAAACCAUAGAAGAAAGAGAGAAAGAGCGGCUGGUUGCACAAACCUGCUGGGUUUGGCAUUUCUCUGCUUUCUCUCUCAUGGUCAGAGUUGGAAAUCAAGAUAGGUCAUUUCAUUUUAAAGAACAGGAAAAGGUCAUGUCAAAUUAAGAAAUUAUCUAACAGGUAGACUCUGUUUCUUGAGUCUCAUCAACAGAAACAUCAGUGUACGUAGAGAAGAAGCACACAUAUUAACCAAAGGUUCGCAUUAGAGGGGGGAGGAGAAAAAAUAACUUGAGUAGGUUAAAAAGGGAUCUCAUGUUUUAGCUUUCUAUGACUGUUGUUAUGGUACAUGUUGUAGAGUGAAGACUUUGUACUGAAACCAUAAAUGUGUCUUUUGAUUCACUGAGUACUUACUAUACUGAGCGAAAAACAGAGAUGCUACUGGAAACAAACAAGCUUGCUGCAGUACUUUAAAACAUCUGUGCAGAUCUUCAGCACGUCUGUGUUGCGAUUGCUUACCUGACCUGUGCUUGUGGUGUCAUCACACUCAAACAUCUGCAGUAUUUCCUCGCUGUGUCUUGAUGAACUUUAUAUACAGUUCAUUGUACAUUGUUCAUGGCCCGCUGCUGACAACUGCUGGGUAUGGCUGAAUGAAUGUUGAUGUGGCAUCUGUCUGUUACAUGCCUACAGUGGCUUGCAGGCUUGUCGAGGCUACACAAACUGGUCUGGUGUCGCUCUUGCAGAUUGUUUCAGAGUGCUACAACUAGGGCUGGGACUCGAUUAAAAAAAUUAAUCUAAUUAAUUAGAGGCUUUGUAAUUAAUUAAUCAAAAUUAAUCGCAUUUUAAUCGCAUAUAAAUAUUUGACGUGAGAACAGUGAGAAGUAAUUUUUUUCACAUGGAUUUUUAGUAUACCAUUGAAUAAUGACUGAAUACAUAAGCUUAAGCAACAAAAAUAUUGUUUAUUUUUGUUCAAGUCCAAAAGACCAGUGCAAUUUCUGCCAUUAAGUGUAGCAAUAGCAUAUUUAGAAAUAUAGUACAUUUCACAAAUUCAGGUAGCCUAUAGGUAGGUAGACCUUAUAGCUAGCUGCUAUAGGUUUUGCAUUGAGGUGAUACUUGAGGCUCACAACCAUGCUCUUAUCGACGCUUCCAUCCGCUGGUUUUUUGUAACAAAAUGUCCCAUCAUCCUUGGGGCCAACCAAAGCGUCUCAUCAGCUUCUUCCUUCAUGUUCACUUUGGUUUGUUGUUGUCUGAACUCAUGAACGCUAGUUGGUGCUCCAGUAUAAUCGGUCCGCCUGAAACUCAUCCAGUGAGAAACGUUCCGCGGUGCAAAAAUUAGUGCGAUUAAAAUGAGUCAAUUUUUUAACGCGUUAAUUUUUGUGUAAUUAAUUAAUCUAAACAUGUUAAAGUCCCGGCCCUAGUUACAAACUGACACAGGUAGGGACACACUGUAGGAAACAAACCCAUAUGUAGCACACUCUUUACAUGCAGUUUUAAAAACGGGAUAGGAGCCAUUAAAUGGGUAGUUUGGUUGUUUAAAGGUGGAGCUGUAUGAAGUAGAAGGUGUCAUCCUGCCCCUGUUUGGAGAAGUAGUGUUGACACGGAAGCUUAGCAAUGUGUUGCUGUAGAUGGCUGCAACAGCAAAAUGUAAUUUAGCCACACAAAACAGGCCUGGCCAAAACAAUAUCAGUUCAUGUGUACGCUACAUUUAGAAUAUUUCACUGCUUUAUCUUGCAGUCAGACAUCCCUGUUUAAGUUUUAAUGGCAGAACUGAAGCCGUGAUCUAUGCUCUCUUUAAAGCCACCAAACUACUUUGACAAAAAUGUUAAUUUUACCAUGUAGAAUAAUGGAAUUUUGCCUCAUGAUGGCCUUGAUUCAUUAAAUUUUCCCUUAUUGUGUGACUUUGGUGUUUUAAAAAGGGAUAGUUUUGUUUAGUAAGUCACAAAAAACAAGCUAAACAACUGACCGAGGCAGUGAUAGACCAACAGCCCCUGCGUUCUGUAAGGUAAAAUUACUGUGUUUGUCAAAGGAGUCUGGUGGCUUUGAAGAGAGCAAAGAAAACUUCUUCAAAUCCUCCUACGCAGACUAAUUCAGGGCAGUCUGACGGCGAGGUAACGCAGUGAAAAUAUUGUUAAUAUAAACGUGCACUUAAACAUUUUACUUGAACAAGGGGAGACUUUUCUCACAUUUUAUUUCUGCCCGCGCCCUCCUGCUUUUCCAAACUUGGGUAGUGCAGUUACUCAUACAAGCCCACUUGCUCAAACUAUCCCUUGAAUGGAGGUUAGAGAGGUCAUUGUUGCAAGUGAGGAAAAAUCAUAUUUUCAACAUCAGACAGAUUACUGAGGUGUUCAGUAGGGGUUGAUAUCUCUACAGCUGCAUGUGAAAGCUUUAUUUGGGAAUAUUUGACCAGUAAUGCUUUGUUCAGAUCUUCAGUCAAGCUUCUAUUUCCAAGCAGACUGAAAUAGAAAAGUGAAUUCACUUCUACUCAAGAUAAGAAGACAACAUGUCCAACUUUGUAAGCCAUAUGACUUCAAUGUAGUUGAGCCUUUGGUGUUUUUUUUCCUGCUUAUUGAUUCACUCAUUCAAUAGGCUGCCCUGUAGUCAGAUAUUAUGUCACUUUAAUAUUCUUUGUUUACCUCAAGCUAUCCUGCGUCACAAGCCUUUUGCACAUCAAUGAUAUAGUCAGUCUGCCAUCUCUGAAUGCACUCAGUCUUGUUUAAUAGUGUUUACAUAUGUAGAACGUCAACAAGGGGACAGUAGACAUGAGAGGCUCGAUAAGAUGAGUAUGAAAGCAAGGCAUGAUUUUGAUCAACCUCGUUGCACCGCACAAGCCUUGCACAGAAGCCUUUUACUCCUCUUUGCCAAACUCCUUCUGUAGAAUCAAUGUAAUGUCCCUGAUAGGAGAAAAUCUUUAAUACAUUUUAAACCCCUCAGAAUAUUUAAUCGUUUAAUGUCGCUAUUGUUUUGUUUUCAUUGACUAACGUACAUUUUUACUGCAUAGAAUCUUUGUUUACGCUUCGCUGCUUUUCAUAAACAGGCCAACAGUAUGCGUCAAUAUGCAGCAUAUCAGAUUUGGUCAGAAGAUCCUGUCAGGCAGAGUGAAGGAUUGGUG